AUGCUUUGGCGGAAACAGUGUGCAUGCAGGACCCCCGAGCAUCCGACAAAGGGAUAUAGAAGCGUUAACGAUAGUCUCCAACUCAUGGAAAUCCGGCGGACAUCAACUCCUCUCAAUUAUAAGUUACUUCGAGCUUAUCAAUUUCUUCCUUAUGAGGUCCCAUUUCCUCCACACACUUUUGCAUCACAACAAUGGAGAGAAGGAGAAAAUGUUGAAGCGCAUUAUGCACUGUAUCAAACUUGUUUGUGUAUGUAUUUGGUCUCUUCUGAUAUGAGUCUAACCGUUACCAACAUGUUACCGGCUCUAGGAAUCCAUGAGCAUGAUGUACAUAAAGUAUCACGAACUUUGUGCGCGGCCCGAUGUUCCACUUAG